GGGCCGUCGGGGUGUAGAGAGAGGUUUGGAAAGUAGAAGCACUUGUUUAUUUUGAACCUGAAUCCCAUUUCUGUCCCGAUUCAUAUUCCUCUCCCAACCCGACGUGUUUCCAGCCAGCGCCAUCAGACCUCUGCUUCCACGUGCUUUAAAACUUUGGCCUCCAUUUCCAUUUUUUCUGCAUUUAUCCGUUUUUAUCGCCGAUUGCCUCGCUCGCGAGCCGGGACCCGGGAGAGAGAGACAGAGGCAGAGGGAGGAGAUUCAGGAGAUGGGACUGGGGACGGGUGAGGAAGAAGCAAAGGCGGUCACAACGUCGUUAGAUGAUCUCAUCGAAAAGGCAGGAGGAUGCGCCAUUGUUGACGGAGGAUUUGCGACGCAGCUUGAAAGGCAUGGUGCCUCCAUUAAUGAUGCUCUGUGGAGCGCUCUUUGUUUGAUCAAAAGCCCUGAACUAGUCCAACGGGUUCACCUGGAAUAUCUCGAGGCCGGUGCAGAUAUAUUAGUAACUUCUUCGUAUCAGGCAACAAUCCCAGGAUUUUUGUCAAAAGGACUAUCCAUUGAACAAGGAGAGGCUUUACUGCAAAAGAGUGUCAAAUUGGCCGUGGAAGCCCGUGACAAGUUUUGGGACAUAGCGCAAAAGAACGGCAAACAUGGUUAUAAUCGGGCUUUGGUGGCAGCGUCUAUCGGAAGCUAUGGUGCUUAUCUUGCUGAUGGUUCAGAGUACAGUGGGUCUUAUGGACCAGAUGUGAGUAUGGACAAGUUGAAGGAUUUCCAUAGACGGAGAUUACAAGUCCUUGUAGAGGCAGGGCCAGAUUUGCUAGCCUUUGAGACCAUACCUAACAAAAUUGAAGCUCAGGCCUGUGCUGAGCUGCUUGAUGAAGAGAAUGUCCAAAUUCCAUGUUGGAUCUGCUUCAGCUCUGUAGAUGGUGAACAUGCUCCAUCAGGAGAGAGCUUUAAGGAGUGUCUUGAUAUAAUAAACACGAGUAAGAGAGUGAAUGCUGUUGGAAUAAAUUGCACACCACCCCAUUUUGUAGAAAAUCUCAUCUGCAAGUUUAGGGAGUCAACUGAAAAGGCCAUAAUUGUUUAUCCCAAUAGUGGAGAGGUAUGGGAUGGAAGAACAAAGAGAUGGCUGCCUUCGAAGUGCUUUGAUGACGAAAAUUUUGAAAUAUUUGCAACAAGAUGGCGUGAUGCAGGAGCCAAACUCAUCGGAGGAUGUUGUCGAACAACACCUUCCACCAUUCGAGCAAUCUCAAGGGCUUUUAAAGAAGCAUCCUGAGUUCCAAUGUUUCGUUUUAAGAGGGUUCUCAGUCCAGUAGCCAAAAAAGAAGAGGGUACUCGGUAAUUAGGACCUUACAUGUCUUUUUCUUUUUUUUAUUUAAUUUAUGGUAGAAGUACUUUUCAUGUCUUUGUGAUGUACAUUCCUUGCCAAUUUUAUAAUUUGCUUUGGUUCAUGUGUUUGGCUACAACCCUCAACCCUCUAGGCUCUAGCGAAAAGUGCUAUCGUCGUUUUGGCCUUUCUUUCAAGGCAAACAAACGAGAGUCUAUUUUUCGGUAUUGCAUGAAUUUGUAUGUAUAAGCUUGCAGAAAGACUGACAAUGAAUGGUGGAUUGGAGCUGAGCCUUUUGGCCUUGCCAGCUUGGCAGCCAUGUGUUUGUCCAA